AUGGCACCUCUCCGCUCCCCUGAAGCCAGAGUCCCGCGUGAAGCUCUCAUACGGCGCUUCCAUUUCCGGCAGAGACCUCAUCGGCCCUACAUCAUCAACAGCGAGCGUCUUGCCACACCAAUCUACCCCAACGACGCCAACACCAUUGUGUCUCUCCUGGACCUCAACCCCUCCCGUCCCGGAGAAGACGAAGAAGGAGAAGAUCAAGCUCCCCCUUUUGAGAUCUUCGAGGCAGGCACCGGCAUGGGCAGCCUCACUCUCCACAUCGCCCGCGCCUUGCACGCCGCAAACCCGCCUCUACCAGCUGCCCUCAGGCAAAUCCUCGUCUCUUCACCCUUUAAACCUCGCUAUGACUUUGCCACUUCAAGAGGCUGCCUCGACAUCUCCCCCGAGGAGCAGGCUUCUCUAGACGAGUAUGCGUCCUCCCGCCGUGCCGUCCUGCAUACCCUCGAUCGCAACUCGAAGCAUGCCCGCGCCGCGUAUAAGCUGGUCCGGAACUUUCGCCGCGCGCAGUACCUGCCUUCCGUCGACUUCCACGUCGGCUCCGUGGAUGACUAUCUCAGCCGACGGCUUGAGCAGACCGGCGGACAGCCUUUCCUCUCCCGCGCCAUCCUCGACCUCCCUUCCGCUCACGAAAACGCCGAGCGGGUAAUCGAAGCCCUGCAUCCCAACGGCUUGCUCAUCCUCUUCAAGCCGUCCAUCAGCCAGAUUGCCGAUUUCCAAGCUUGGUCCAACGAGACGAAGCAGCCCGUGCGCAUGGAAAAAGUCAUCGAGCUCUACUCCACCACCGCCUCCGACGGCGGCGUCCACGACAGUUCCGGAGGCCGACACUGGGACGUCAAGAUGGUCGUGCCGAGGGCCGAGCAAGGCGAGGGGGGCAAUCAGAAGCCGGUGCAGGUGAUGCGGCCGCGGGUAGGGGAACGUGUUGCCGGCGGAGGGUUUGUGGCUGUAUUGCGGCGAUGGCCGGUUUCGGAGAUGCCGGUGCAGGAAGCUCCUGCGGAAGAAACGGAGGUUCAGGAGUGA